AUGGCAACCUUAUCAGCAUUCAGAGGAGCUCUGAGGUUCUCACGCUCAAUCCGUUCUCUUUCCUUGUCUUCGCUGUCUCAUCAAUCCGCAAAACCCAUUUCAAUGACCCUAUCUCUGACUGUCUACCAUAACUCCCUCUGUGGAACCUGCGGAAAAGCUAUUCCUCUCUUGGAGGAAGAAGCGAAGAAGAAGGGGUUUCAACUCGAGGAAAUCGAAUUCAAGUAUAACCCGCUUACUCCAGAACAAGUGGAGCAGGUUCUGACUUUUCUAGGAGCUGGUCAAGGCUCAGACGAGGAGACCGCUAAGGUCGUAAAGUCCUUCUUGAGGAAGGACGCGCCCAAUGCGACUACUAUUGAGGAGGCAAAGGAAAUCGUUGCUGAAAAUCCUGCCAUGAUGGAGCGUCCGAUUGUGGUCAAUUGGGCUGCCAAAAAGGCUAAGGUGUGCCGUCCCGCAGACUUGAUUUACGAAAUGACCAAAGAACUUUGA